UGCAUUUUUCACUUGUCGGCGGCUAGAUCCCGGGUUACUGCUGCUUGUACUUCCCGGGUCACCCGAUCCUGGGAUCAGGAGGAAGGGGAAGACGAGGCGAGAUGCGUUGCUCGGCAGUGGUUGAAGCGUGUGACGGGAUGUGUGGCGUAACAUGCCUGGGAGGGAGCACGGGUGGUCCUCCGGACGCGGGUGUGUGCGGAGUGCGUUAUCACACGCGCCGGCCAAGCGGAACGACCGGGAGGUGUUCGACUAAAUGUCCCGCCCGGAGAGCGCAUUCUGAGCACGAGUUUUGAAUUUCUACGAACUAACGAGUCAGCUUUCUUCUCCGUGUUCUCCGUGUCAGGUAAGUAAAACAGGUAAUGCCCGCUUUCUUCUCCGUGUCAGCUGUGCGCGGUGACAGAUACUUGUUUGACUUAACUACUGCAGCAAAGAUGGACCGCACAUGGCCAGCAUUUUGACUGCGAACCCCAAUUCACAUAUACUCUCUUUCUUUCUUUUUUAAGAUUCACAUAUACUCUGUCUGUGUACACAAUAAUACAAGUUCUGAAAUACAAGCAUGGAACUCAACUUCUAACAGAUGAAAUUUGACUUUCCAUGCAGUCGGGAUAGGAGUGCCAACUGCCAAUCGUGUUUGGACAACACUAUUGACUUGUCAGCAAAGCUCAAUAUAUGGUUUGCAUAUAUUUAUUUGCUUAGGAGGAUUGGGUAAAUGCAUUGGUUGCUGAGUAUUUGACAUAUAAGAAGUCGAUUGGCUUCGACAAGGCAACAAACAGAAGAAAGUUAUUCGAGGAAACAAUGGUGAAUGGUGAUGGAAGCCUCAAGGUCUUCUCAUUUGCACAAAUAAAGAAGAUAACAAAAAAUUUCUCUGAAAAACUUGGGGAAGGAGGCUUUGGCUGCGUUUUCAAAGGGACAAUGCCAGUUUCCACUAUGGUUGCUGUCAAAAGGUUAAAAGGCUUCGUGCAAGGAGAUAAGCAGUUCCGAGCAGAGGUGCAGACCAUUGGGAUGAUUCAACACACCAAUCUAGUUCGUCUUCUUGGAUUUUGGUAUGAAUCCAUGGUGAAUGGUUCUUUAAAUUCUCAUCUCUUUUGUAGCAGUUCUGCAAAGUUGAACUGGGAGCUGCGGUACAGUGUAGCACUUGGAACUGCAAGAGGUUUAGCUUAUCUGCAUGAGGAAUGCAGAUAUUGCAUUUUACAUUGUGAUCUGAAGCCAGAUAACAUACUCCUUGAUGAACUGUUCUGCCCUAAGAUUGCAGAUUUUGGUAUGGCAAAGCUUCUUGGUCGAGACUAUAGCAGGGUACUGACAACAAUGCGAGGGACCAUUGGGUAUCUUGCACCUGAGUGGAUCUCAGGCGUACCGAUCACGCAAAAGGCUGAUGUUUACAGCUACGGAAUGAUGCUUCUAGAAAUCAUAUCGGGGCGAAGGAAUUCAGAGAAAAUUAAGGAGGGGAAGUUUACAUACUUUCCAACCUAUGCUGCAGUUAAGCUGAAUGAAGGAAAUGGUAUGUGCCUGCUGGAUAAUGGUUUGGGGGGCAAUGCUGAUGCAGAGCAGCUGGCCAGAGCUUGUAGAGUCGCCUGCUGGUGCAUUCAGGAUGCUGCAGAUCACAGGCCGAUGAUGGGGCAAGUUGUUCGCAUGCUAGAGGGUGUCAUGGAUGUCGAGGUUCCUCCUGUUCCCAGGUCACUGCAAAAGUAUGUUGGCAUGGACGAUUCCACUUGUUCAGAUUGGACAGCUUCUGAAGUCUCUUGUUAGUUAGUCCAAUGCGAUCUUUUCCUUCUUUGUGUUUCUGAACUCCAGGAAACACUGUGUAUUGCAGUAUUGAGCGAUGUACUCAGUUUAUGCUUGUGUUAAGGCCUUUGAACUCGUUUCCAUAUAGCAAGUACAGAAAUUACGUCAUGUGUUGGGUGAAACAGAAAGGUAACAUGUAUUUUUUUUCGUUGC